AGAUUUAUGAAAAAUGCAAAAGCUAGUUGUAAGUACAGUUGGGUUUUUCCUUCUCAUAUUAUUAGUUGAGGGAAAUCCUAGACAAACGUCAUCAGAGGACAAACUUUUUGAUUUAAAACAAGCAGGUUUAGUAGGAAUUGAAGUUUAUGAAUCCUUGAUAGAAGAUUUGUCUGAGGAGUUUACUAUCGGAGGAAUAACUAUCUCCCCCUCGCUAGUUUACAUAGGAACAGUACUCCCGGAGAAUGUUAUAAUUCACUUGAUACAGAACGCUUUCAACUUUAUUACAUCUUCAAUAGCUUGGGUUGCACUCAUGGUGGUUACACAGGGAACUACUAAACGACGAAAAAGACGAUCCAUCGCCGAUUAUGUGGCCGGACCUUACGUAAUAGAUGAUAAGACUGAGACAGUUUUGGAUUCGAUAAAUGUAGAUGGUGAUACAGUUGCCUGGGUUCUAAGGAGAUUUGCAGACACGGCUGAACACUAUAAAAGGUUGAAUGACGAACUUUGAGAAGUCCUGACAUUUUCCUAGGUCAUUUGUAUAUAUCAUAAACAAAUCAAACUCGAAUCUCUCAAUCAAACCAACAUCAAUCAAACCAACAUCAAUCGAUCGACCCAUUAAACUUGAAAAAUGAGUUUUUAUCUGUAAAUACGUCAAUUUAAUAUUACUUAAAUGUACAGUAAUCCUGCUUUUAUAAGGUCGGAUUUGAUAUUUUCAUGCUCUGAAUGCCAACUUUGAAUAUCGUCUUAGAAAUGUCAAAUACUGACAAUUUAAAGCUGUGUGUGGUAUUUUCACAUAGUUCAGGUUUUUUAUUUAAACAAUUUUAAAUUUUUACUGUGUUCAAAUAUAAGUCCUUAAAUCUUUAAACAUUAUCUAAUGAUUUCAAAGAUCGGGCAUUUUUUAAAUUUAAAUUUUUCAAUUUUGCGGAAGAAUAUAUUUCGGAAGAUGUCAUAUAAAGUUGUAAUUUUUAUCGGACCAAAUGAGUAUACUGCAGGUAGUUUCAAUAUAAACAUGGAGAUAUGAGUAUACUGGUUGUUGCCGGCUAGAAAACGAGAUUCUCAAGAUGAAAUGAUAAUAGGCCCACUGGAAUCAGUCGUUGAAGGAUAUAUAUUUCCCAACAAUAUUUCCUGAUUGCGACAGCAGACGCACAACCCCCGUCUCAAAAAUGAUAACAAAAAUUCUCUUUAUUUCCUGAAAAAAUUACAUAUAUUGAUAACGUGUACAAAUGUUCUAAUGAAUGUUUAUAAUGAAAAAAUCCUUACGAUCUAUUUUCGGGUGAUAAAGGGUUAACAAUGGUUGAACAGUACUAAAAUAAGAUGACAAUUGAUUAUUAAUGAAAGUCACUGAUUCUUGAUAUGAAAUUAUUCUUUGUUUAACUUUUGAAAAUGGAUUCCAAAUACGCGAGGUUUUGUUUAUGACUCCGUCAGGGAGAACAAAGAAAAGGGGGUUAAAAUUGUUUGGUUUGGUGUCUCUGAGAGGGGACCUAAGUUAAAGACGACUUUACACGGAGACCUAUUGUUAAUGGUUGAAACUGGUUGUUUCAAUAAACAUGGAGAUAUGAGUAAACUGGUAGUUAUAAUAAAAAUGGAGAUAUGAGUAUACUGGUAGUUUCAAUAAACAUGGAGAUAUGAGUAUGCUGGUAGUUUCAAUAAACAUGGAGAUAUGAGUAUACUGGUAGUUUCUAUAAACAUGGAGAUACGAGUAUACUGGUAGUUUCUAUAAACAUGGAGAUAUGAGUAUACUGGUAGUUUCUAUAAACAUGGAGAAAUGAGUAUACUGGUAGUUUAAAUAAACAUGGAGAUAUGAGUAUACUGGUAGUUUCAAUAAACAUGGAGAUAUGAGUAUACUGGUAGUUUCUAUAAACAUGGAGAUAUGAGUAUACUGGUAGUUUCUAUAAACAUGGAGAAAUGAGUAUACUGGUAGUUUAAAUAAACAUGGAGAUAUGAGUAUACUGGUAGUUUCAAUAAACAUGGAGAUAUGAGUAUACUGGUAGUUUCCAUAAACAUGGAGAUAUGAGUAUACUGGUAGUUUCUAUAAACAUGGAAAAAUGAGUAUACUGGUAGUUUAAAUAAACAUGGAGAUAUGAGUAUACUGGUAGUUUAAAUAAACAUGGAGAUAUGAGUAUACUGGUAGUUUAAAUAAACAUGGAGAUAUGAGUAUACUGGUAGUUUCUAUAAACAUGGAGAUAUGAGUAUACUGGUAGUUUCUAUAAACAUGGAGAUAUGAGUAUACUGGUAGUUUCUAUAAACAUGGAGAUAUGAGUAUACUGGUAGUUUCUAUAAACAUGGAGAUAUGAGUAUACUGGUAGUUUCUAUAAACAUGGAGAUAUGAGUAUACUGGUAGUUUCUAUAAACAUGGAGAUAUGAGUAUACUGGUAGUUUCUAUAAACAUGGAGAUAUGAGUAUACUGGUAGUUUCUAUAAACAUGGAGAUAUGAGUAUACCGGUAGUUUAAAUAAACUUGGAGAUAUGAGUAUACUGGUAGUUUAAAUAAACAUGGAGAUAUGAGUAUACUGGUAGUUUAAAUAAACAUGGAGACGGCAAUUAAAACAAAACCAUUGGUAAUUGAAGUUUUUCCAGAUUAAAAAAAUAUGUUUUUAUGAUUAUUAAAAUGUAUAAGGACACAAUUGAGCGGCGGAGAGAUGAAAGCAAAUAAAUGGUCGUCAUCAUGUUUACUGAAACUAACUGAAGAUAAAAGGGAUAGAAAAGAUAUUGAAAAUGUAUCUAUUUGUUGAGUGUUUUUGUAUAACCUGUUGUGCACUUUGUUAUGAUUAAAAAGAAAUUUUAUUUUAUUUUUGUAGUUUUUCGAGCAAUAUUCCCAUGCAUAUCAUUGUAUAAUAUGGCAAUUCAAUACAAAUGUAAAAAGGUUUCAUUCCUUUUUUUGUUACUAUGUAUUUACCUGGUAAAAGAGAAAAAUAUUAAUGAACACAAAUGCUCUAAAAUGUAAAAUGUCUCUUAACAUUUCUUUAAAAUGGCUUCAAAUUCUAUAAUUUCUGCAAAUUUCAUCUACAGAAUUUUAUCAAAACUUCUCUAAAACCUCUCUAACAAUGGUUCAAAGAUGGUUGAAAAAUGGCUCAAAAAAUUCUCUAAAAUGUCUUAAAGUCUAGAAAAACAUGUAAAACUUGAAAUUUUUCGCUUGGAUGAAAAACUAAAAGAAGCUCUUCACAAAAAAGGGCACUUUCUCUUGAAAUUGAAUCUAAAAUUGAUCCUGUAAGCUUAAUCUUUUUAUAAAAGAGCAACUAUUUUUAAGCCCACAGCGAAACAGGUAGAAUUCAUUGUCAAUUUAGAAUCAGCUGUGCAGGUCAAAACAAUCUUGACUUGUAAAUGUCAAUUUUAUGAUGACAUGAAUUCCUUGUAAAAAUUGUUUCGUCUAACCUUUGUGAUUUGUGAUCAAAGGUUACAUAAAUUAUUGUGAGAAAAAUCCACCUUAAUAUUUAAUAUUUAAAGAAAUUAAACUUUUAUUUCAA